AUGCAAAAGUGUACAAAAUGUCAGACAUUCGGCAUUGUAGGCGCAGGUCCAUCAGGUCUGAUUACUGGUGUUGAGCUCGCUCUGGCCGGACAUACGGUCACUCUGUUCGAAGCAAAUAAUCGCACGGGUGGUCGAGUCUGGACUCAUCGCAAUGAAACAACAGGUCUGUAUAUGCUCGAGAUGGGUGCUAUGCGACUGCCGUUGGACGUACACGGUCUACUCAACACCUAUGUUCGCGAACGAUUGCAACUCGAACUGGAACCCUACAUCAACUACGAUCCCGACACACUGAUCUACAUCAACGACGUACUCACAACGCGCAAACAGGCCAAUGACAAUCCGGGUCAAUUCAAUUUCGAUCUCUAUCCUAAUGAGACCAACAAGGUAGUCGAUAAUCAUUUUUUCGAAUAG